AUGACUUACGAUCCAGAGAGUGGAAUGGCAGACGCCAGGGCCGAUGCGCCCGUGGAGACAGGAAAGGAGCAUGAGGCAACGCAAACCACUGUCAAAGAGAGUACACUCGUCUAUGAUAAUUCUCCCGACCCCAGCAGACGGGAUUCCUAUCGCCCCACGAGAUUACAAAGUAAUUUGACCAUCGUCAGCUGUUACAUCGCCAAUUUCAGCGAUGGAUUCCAAAACAGUCUUGCCAAUCCUACCAAUGUCAUCUUCAAAAAGCUACUAGGCACGAAUGGAUAUCCCUCUGAGAUGCAGACGCGUAUUAGCAAUUCCCUCUUAAUCGGUGCUAUCUUGGGUGUCCUCGCCCUAGGAUACACAUCGGACAUGUUUUCACGACGAGCCGGGUUACUAUUCACCUCUGGCCUCGUCGCGAUCGGAACACUGAUGUCUACACUUGCCCUCCAAGUACAUCCGACGCACAACAUGCUCUGGUACUUUGUGAUUGUGCGAGGUAUCGCUGGUUUCGGCGUUGGCGGCGAGUAUCCCCCAAGUGCAGCAGCCGGAAUCGAGGAAUCAGACGAUUUCAAAAGAAAAUACCGAGGACCACUAUUCGUCUCCUUCACGACGUUAAUGGCGACCUCCGCUGCGCCCAUCCAGAUGAUCGUCUACCUCAUCUGCCUCAUCGCCAGCAAUGAAAACCUCCCAGUCACCUUCCACGCCUUAUACUCGAUUGCCACCAUUCUACCAGUAAUAAUCAUGAUCCUGCGUUUCUUCAUGACCGACUCGACAUUAUUCCACUACUCAAACUUCAAACACCAGAAACGUCCCCUAAAGUUCUACCUGCUCCUACUGAAACGCUAUAAAUGGCGUCUCUUCACGACAUCCCUCGCCUUCUUCCUUUACGACUUUAUCAACUUCCCCAACAGCAUCAUGUCCAGCACCAUCAUCAACUCCCUCGUCAAGGACCACAAUAUCCGCACCACCGCAAUCUGGCAGGUCAUCCUCGGCGCCCUCCCCGUACCGGGCGUGAUCGUAGGCGCCUGGUUAACCAACGCAAUCGGACGCCGAUACACCGGUAUACUAGGAUUCGCCGGAUACAUGAUUCUCGGAUUCAUCAUUGGCGGCACAUUCCCCCAUCUAUCAAAGAACAUGCCCGCAUUCGUGGUUCUGUAUGGUCUACUACAAGCCUUAGGUCACAUGGGACCUGGUGCCACGAUCGGGUUGAUCUCAACAGAGUCAUUCCCCACCGCGAUGCGUGGAAUGGGGUACAGUAUUGCGACGGCGUUUGGAAGAACUGGUGCUGCGGUUGGGACGCAGUGUUUCACGCCGUUGCAGGAGAGGGCGGGCAAACAGUCGACCUUCUACCUGGCGGGUGGUGUUGCUAUUCUUGGGAUGAUUGUGUAUUGGUUUCUGCCGGAGAGUAGUGAGUUGAACUUGGAGGAGGAGGAUCGGGAGUUGAGUGAGUUUUUGGCUGAGAAUGGCUUUCCGAUGGAGAAAGCUUGA